GGCCCUUUUCCUUCUUGCUGUCAACUGAGACACAUUUAAAAGUGAGGCCCCGGUGGGAGCAGGCUCAGAGCAAACCAACCGGAGCCACUCCUCAGAUGCUGAGCAAGGACACUGGGACACAGCAAGCAAACUCAGCAGAGAGGACAGCAACACCUCAGGAGGGGUAGAAACUGCUGUUAAUCCAGUCCAUGGCUCAGUACAUCCUGCUCUUUCUGCAAGGCCUGGCUUGGCUAACACUCAGCCAGGCUUGUUUCUGUGACCGGUACCCGUGGGGUUCCUGGACCUCGUGCACCCGGACCUGCAAUUACGGCACACAAAGAAGGCAAAGGAAUAUGCGUUAUGACGACUACUACUGGAAGAAUAGCUGUUUUCAGUUGUGCAAAACACAUGACACAAAAGGGUGCAAUGAGCAGGCUUGUCCAAUUAACUGCCAGCUGACAGAAUAUGGGCCCUGGUCCGACUGCUCUCCAUGUGCUAGGCAACAGCUCCAGACUCGCUCUGUGCAGAGGCCAUCCCAGUUUGGAGGUGAAGCGUGUAGUGUGGAGCUGACCAAAAGCAGACCCUGUUACCCUUCUACUGAAUGCAAGUUAGCACCAAUCGACUGCAGGGAAAACUUUCAGUGUGAGAACGGACGCUGUGUCAACGCAACACUGACGUGCAACAAACAAGAUGACUGUGGAGACAACUCUGAUGAAAGAAACUGCAAUGACUUCAAAAUAGUGUGUCCGGUGAACAGAAGAGUGGCCCCGGGGGCUGACCUCGCAGGAAACGGGUUUGAUGCUUUGGCAGAGGAGCCACGGGGAGCAGUGCUGGACAACAUGUUCAUGGGAGACACCUGCACCAUCAAGAGGCCCAAAUCAUCCAAUCUCUACUACCGACAGCCUCACAACUUUGAAAGCUUCGACAUCAAGGUGGGGGUCUCAGAUGAUUUCAGGGUGGAGCCCCAGCCGGUGCAAACGGAGACAUGGAGUGUGAAGAACGACAGAUCCCACACCACUACUGAACAGGGACCCAACACUUUUUUGUUCCUCCUGUUUUACGGCGGAAGCAGCUCUCGAAACUCUGUCAAAUCUCACACCGCCGCUUUUGAGGCUUCAAAGAAAAAGGACUCUCAGUUCAUCCGGGUGCAUCAGGUUCUGCCAGUGUCAAAGUUUAAGGUGAGGGACUCGGGGGAUCUCGUUCUGUCUGGGCCUUUUCUGCAGUAUCUCCAUGCCCUUCCCCUCGACUACAACUAUGCCCUCUACAGAGAUAUCUUCCAGCGCUUCGGCACGCACUACUACGGCUCAGGGACACUAGGAGGCCACUAUGACCUGCUGUACCAGUACAGCCGAGAGGAACUCAUUAGCUCAGGUGAAACAGAGGAGCAUGUCAAAGGAUGCCUGAAGGAUGAAACCACCUGGACCGUCAUUCUCUACACCGAACACAGGAGCGUCACCAGAUGCAAGAACAACAAGAUGACGGAAAAAUAUCAAGGGUCUUACAUUCAGUCGGCAGAGAAGUCUCUCUCCAUGGUGAGAGGAGGCCGUGCGAGGGAGGCUGCGGCUCUGGCCUGGGAGAGGAAAGGUCCUCCUCCUGACAGUACAACCUACAUAAACUGGGCGAAGUCAGUCAUAGACAACCCUGCUGUCGUGGACUAUGAGUUGCUGCCCAUUUUGAAUUUAGUCAAAGGGAUCCCUUGUGCAGCCACAAAGAGGAGGCACCUAAGAAAAGCCCUGAUGCAGUACCUGGAAGAGUUUGACAGCUGCAAGUGUGCUCCCUGCCCCAACAAUGCCAGAGCAGUGCUCUCUGGCACUGAAUGCAAGUGCAUCUGUCAAACUGGCACGUAUGGCUCCAACUGUGAACAACGAGCCCCAGACUAUACCUCAGACACUGUAGAUGGAUCCUGGAGCUGUUGGAGUUCAUGGAGUAGCUGUGGUUCUGCAAUGAGGAGACAUCGGACGAGGCAGUGUGAUAACCCAGCUCCUCUGAAAGGAGGCGAGCCCUGCCAAGGACCUGCCACACAGCAGGAGCCAUGCCACAUCUCCCUUUUUGAAAAACAAGAUACCUGUGAUAAUGAUGAUGACUUCACCGUGGGAAGGAGGGACGAGCUUCCUCCUGGUGUGAAGGGAUGUCUGCGACCCAAGAAACCAAGCAACGCUUUUCUUCGGAAAGCGAAGCUGUACUAUGACUUUGGUGAAGAUGAGGAGUUUCAGUGUUUCACAGGGUUUGAGAUGGAGGGAUUCCCUUUCAUCAACUGUCUUCCUGAUGAGACCUGGACUACACCUAGAGGAAGCUGUAUCAGAAAGGUGUGCCCUGCACCGGAAGUACCUGCAGGGAUAACCCUGUUCCCGCCCAAAGAGGAGUACCGCAUCGGCCAGUCACUGGGCUUUACCUGUGAAGAGGCUGGCCUUGUGCCGUUCCCAACUGGCUUCUAUAGGUGCUCAAGCAGUCUCACCUGGCAGCCACCAAUACCUGCUGAGUUGCGCUGCUCUGAUGAAAAUCCAUUUGUUCCUGAGAGGCAGUGUAGUCCGGGACAGAGACUCCAGGGAGGGGAAUGUGUCUGCAUCCAACGGGAGAGCUGCCUGAAAUACCAGGAGUCACUCUGCAUACUAAACGCCGACCUUGGGGUGGUGGUCCCCAUGUCCCUGUGCUCCUUCCACGCGGGUCGCUGUCACGGGGACCCGCUGCUGUACGUCACCGAGGGGUCGUGUGACGAGGUUGACGCAUCUAAGCUGGACUGGGCCAAAUUUAGAAUCCAGCUGGCUCCCAGGAGCUCUGUUCAGGAGCCCUGCGACCUCGACACCUGUUACGAAUGGGAAACAUGUACUGCAUCCCGUAAGUGUGAAUGCAAAUCUGUCCGGGACUGUCCCAGAGACGGAGACCCGGUGUUCUGUCUGAAGCUCAUCAAGAGUCAGAGACAACGCAGCAUGAACCUCUGUGCCAUGGCCGCCCUCAAAUGUUCCAGCUACGAGUUCGAGAUCCUCAACGAAGGCCAGUGUGAGUCCACGUGAUCCCACCGCAGCCCCGUCAGUCUAGUGUACCCGCUCCCCACGCCCUUCAUUUCCCUGCGCAUGCGUAGCCGGCCCUAGCUGGCACAGCGCCCAAGGCAAGCUUGUCUGUGGCGCCCCCUUGUGGUCAGAAUGGUAUGCUUUUAAUUCACUACUAGUAAAGAAAAACCGUAGGAAGAAGCACAGCUAAUGAUUAACGUCAGACUGCUUUCUUGUUAUUCAACUUUUGUUCAUCCAGUCAACAAAACGUAAAACGUGUAAAUGCCGUAUACAAAAUGCUGUACAAAGAAGUAAAUGGAAACAAAACAGAUAGAAAUUGCACGUCAUUUGCAAAAAUGAUGUGCAGUUGAGGUUAAAAUGAACAUGAGUAUAUCAGCUGCUGACGUCUCUACAUUAGGCUGUUGUGAUUAGAUACAGAUAAAGAAAUAAGAAUAGAUAAAACAGGUAGGACAUGUAAACUAUGAGUUAUAGCCGUGUCUGCAACUGGACCUUCUAGCUUUCCUUGCUGCAGAGUCUUGGGUGGUGUGAUGUGAUUUAUGUCCGUGGACUCUGUCUGUGGAUGUGCUGCUUAUCAAAUAAAGUUUGGCUUGAAAAAAACAACAA